AUGCUCUCCUCCUCGUCCUCCUCCUCCCCCGGACUGGGGACCACACACACCCUCCUCGGGGUUGCCCUUGGGGGAGGUGUCAAAAGGAUCGCGCGGUGGGCGGCAGCGAACGAGAUUGGCCGAGAGUGCUGGGGGCGGGCAAGGGAAUGGGAUGGGAUGGAUGGGCUGGGUGCGGACCGCGCUCAAGCCAACAGCCCUCCGACGAUCCAUCCAACCCGGAGCGUCGGUAGUUUUUGUCGUUUUGUGACUGCGGACGAAGUGCGUUGGAGGGGGUGGAAAGGGCAGGCAGGGGAACGGUGGCACAAGAGGGCUUUGUUGGAAGCCAGGAGUAGGUAUGGAGAACGAGUGAGAGAAUGCAGCAAUGGCCCGCGUGCGGAGCCGGUUCGGAGGGCCUGGCCGGAUCGAGCCUCUAUCGCGAGAAUGAAUGAGUAG